GACGACGCCACCAGGCGAGGGAGACGGGACAUCAAGCAAGAUGACAGGCAACACAGCCGAGACGAGCAAGACAGGCUACGCAGACGAGGCAGACGACGCCUUAACGGAGGAGGAUAAGGCUUUGCUGAAGGAGGCAGACAGGUUGUUGGAUGAAGAAUCGCAAGAAGCAACUCGUAAAUUGGCUACCCUCAACGAGAAGGUACUAAAGAGCGCAGAAGCGGCGGCUGAUGAAUUAAGGCUCCGAGUAAUUCAACUUCGCAGAUGAUUAUCUAUUUUCGUCGUGUCUGUCACUCGUUUCAGAUUCAGAAUUAUUAUAAAUAUCACUUCACGAGCCUCUAAUAUUCUACACUGAUUAUUCUCGUCUUGUCUUUGCUGGAUAUUACGGAGUGUCAGAGAAUACUAUAAUGGCCUCAACUAAGUAAAGAUAAACUAUUGCGAGCUCUAAAAGAGUGUACACAGGAUUCGCCGGCGUGUACCGAGGUUGCUGCACGACGCAAACAGCUGGCUACGAAACUCGCACGUCUGAACAAGAAAGAGC